AUGGACAAAAUUCUGCUUCAAAAACGGGUGGAAGCAUUGGACAAUGAAGUAUUUCAGUUAAAAUCUGGUAACAAUGAAAAAUUUUGUGGUAUAUAUAAGAUAUUAAGUUAUCAUUUUCCACACUAUUUCACGUCUGAGAAAAUUGGCAGUCCGGUUCACUCAAGUUCAAGAACGAAAUCUGAAAACAAUUUUAAUGAAGUAUUAUCAAAAACUGUUGAGAAAAUUGUUGAUGAAAUAGUUAGUAAGAAAGAAACAUCAGAAGAUGAGGAAUUUCCUUUCCCUUCAUCAGGAACUGGAGGAAUUGCUCAAAGAGUACAUUUGAGGAAUGACAGGAAAAGGAAAAGAGUUAAAACUUCAUUCACAGCAGGUGAUAGAAAGAAGAAGAAAGCUCAGUUGGCUAAUGAUGAAGCUGAAAUAGUUAGUAAGAAGGAAACAUCAAUUACUAGAAGAAAACCAGUCACUCGUGCUGCAACAAGACUGAAAGAGAAGUUAACUGAUACUAAUAAAGCUUCUGCGCCUACUGAUGAAGCUAUGAUAAUUGCUCCUUCUGCUCCACCAGCUGAAAAGCCAAAAACUGCAAUUUUUGAUGUUGAGGAUUCCAAAUAUGUAGAACGUGAGGCCAAGGCAUUUUUGGAUUACCUAGAACGAUUAUUACUUAAUGAAGAGAAGAGGAAUAUCAUUGAUAACUUUCUUAACAAGUACAUAAAACAGGAGGAUACCAUCUUGGCGAUUGGAAAUGCAUUUAUUUUUAGAAGCCAAAUGGACGAAUUGUUGCUAUGCGAAGAGCUUGACAACAACCAUAUGGACACUUUUGCAUUUCUUUUAUCUGAGAAAAACAAAAUGUUUCCACGACUGAACCAACCAUUUCUAUAUGUUUCUGCUUUUCAUUGGGAUAAAACAACAUCAUUUGCAGAGAAUAUCACGCGAGCUGCUGUUAAAAAUGCUAACAUUAUGUUUGUUCCCAUCAUAAAUGAAAAACAUUGGACAUUACUUGUUGCAAACAUGAAGACAAAAAGAUGGGAUUUUAUGGAUUCAUUACCCAAAGCAACGCACAAGAUAUCUCAUUUAUACGAUGAUGCAGAAGAUGCUUUUGAGGAUGAUAUAAGAACCUGGCCAAUCCAUUCAAUCCCAAACUUGCCAACACAAGAAAACAGUGUCGACUGUGGAAUGUUUGUCUGCAAAUAUAUGGAACAAGUUAUACAAAAUAAUAAUACUGAUUGGGACAUCCAUAAGAUCUGGCAAAGUAAUAUGGCCUUAUUUAGGGCAGAAUUUGCUUAUGCCAUUUUUUGUAGUAUGAUAAAUUAA